AUGGAUAUUGAAAGUGAUCCACAAGAAGAGCAAAAAAUAUCUUCAAAUACUUCAGUUUUUGCUGUUGAUCAACAUGGUAUCUGUCAUCUCUUGCAACAAGCAACACUAUCAAAUAGUGAAGAAAUCGUCUAUAAACAAAAUGAUGCAACUCUUUCGAUCACAAGUGAAGAAUUGAUACAAAGUCUACCUUCAUCAAAUGGAUUUUUGUCAACACAACCAUUUUCGGUUGUUACUAUUGAAGAAAAUCAAUUAUCUUCGUUAUGUUUAUUCAAUAACAAUCUUCCAGUAUCGAAACUUUCUCCACCAUUGCAAAUGAGUGGACAAAUUGAUGCACACUAUCGAAAUGUUGUUUUACUUGAUAAUCAUUCUUAUGAUGUUUACCACACAAAAUUGAAAAAGAAAAGAAAGUUACGUGCUAUUCUACGUCGACGAAGUAUUUUCAAGAAACAAUUGAAAAAGUUUCUGAAAUACAAAAAGAAAAAACAACGUUCACAUCAAUCACAUUGUGUCUCCAAGAAGAACAUACAUCACCCAACCAAAGAAAACGGAUUUCCACAAAAACAACAAAUAAUAAUCAAUGAUUUACAACCCUUACCUGAUCUUUCCAAACGUAAAUAUAUCUAUAGAGAUAUAACAUUAACCAAUACUGAAUCAAAUCUAAUGAAUUGGCGAAUUUUUCAAUGUACACAACAAUCAUCAUUGGUAUCGACACCAAAUAAUGGUCAUCUGGUGGAUAUCAUCGCUUCACCUGAUAUACGAGUUGGCUUAUCAAAAUAUCAUGGGAAUAAACAUUUACACAAACAAAUCUUGGUAGAAUAG